AUGAAACGAUGCAUUGAAACAACAUAUUCUUCCAGAAAACAAAGCAAACAUAACCCAUCCAUAAUAGAGAUUGAAGCAUUGUUUGAUUUUGGCCAUGUACUUCAAAAGAAGCUGGACAGUGGAAAAGUAAAAAAGAAUGGAGAUGUUCAUAAACACACAACUAAUAUUCCAAACGAACUUAUCAGCCCAGGAGGCAUGAAUACUGUCAAUAGGGGGUCUACACUUAGUUGGACGUCUGCCAGUACUGUGGACGACGAUAAUUUAGGGGCCCCCUGUACAAUAAUACCAUUUAGCUACCUAGACUUGGACUACGACUUUGAAUUGCCUGUGGUUAAUCUUGAAUCAGAUUUAAAAUUGAUGGAUACGUUGUUAUUCAACAUUUAG